ACCCAACUAAGAGCAAAAAAAACAGAAGAGGAAGAAUUGAUCUGUUUACGGCGUAUGCUGUUAGUGGCCCUGAAACCCAACAGAAGAAGAAUAAGAGGAAGACUUGAUCUGUUUCUCGUCGAAAAAGAGAAGCGAGGCAGUGUGUCAUGUGUCUAGUUAGUCAUGUGGAUGUAUGAAGCUUUGUAACACUCAGCCUUUAACAAGGACACUUGUGCUAUAUUCAAGACCUAACACAAUAAAGAAGAAUUUUAUUUUCGUGUUGCAGUUGUCCUUUGGUAAAGUGGAACACUGGUUACCAUCAUUAAGCAUUAACCUGGCAAACCAUGGAAUCUUCCGAGCCUAAUAUCCGUAUGCCUGGCGUGCUCAUGCCCUCAUAUCAAAGGUUGAUCAAUACAGAGGAGGGAAGGUUGGCCAUGAAGAGAAUACGAGUGGAGUGUGGUGUCUGCAAGGCUACGCGGUUCUAUUCAAUUCACCGAGGUAUUACACGCAUCGCAGGAGUUGUGGCUUGUGAAGCGUGUCGACAGUUUUAUCAGCGUUUCAAGAAGCAACCUUGGAUUUUGAACUGUAACAAGGGAGGCAGGUGUUUUGGGCUGGAUGAAACUCCCAAGAACAAAUGUAAAGCAUGUUGGGUUGCUCACAUCAUCUGCCGUUGUCCAGUGCCUAUAAGCUUGUAUAACCAUCUUGUAGGAUACCUGCCCACAGAUCUUAAGAGCAAGAUGGCCGGCAGACCACCCACUGUGGACGAGGUCCCUGAGAAGGAGCGUGGAGGACUCGGUCUUGAAGUUUACAAGGAUAACGACUGGGUAGAUGUGACAGAUAAAGAAGAAGUGGAAUCUCUGCUGCGUAAUGAAGAAGAAAAUGAAACUGACGAAGCUAAUGAACCAGAUUUAGACAUGGAAUUUGAGGCCGAGGAGGAAGUGGUUGACGAUCCAGGUUUGCCAGAACAAGCUGCACUCGACGUUUCCACCACCUUGAACCUAGAGCCCAAGAUUAGCCAACCACAGAAAAAGAGAGGCAAAAAGAAGUCAAAAACAUUUGCUAAUUCUGAUGGGCAGGAGCAGAGGAAGCUGGUGUGGAUAAAUACGUACUGUAUAAAUAUAUUGCCAAGUUACAAUAGGAUUAAGUCUCAACAGAUGGGACUAAAUCAGCAGUUUCCUGCUUCAGCAGUCAACACACACAGUGCUUUAAUAUCCUCUGCAUCAUCAGUUAAAAUGACCAAAGCCCAGAAUCAGCAAUACUGUCAUGGAUCCGAUGGUUCAAUUGUUUAUUCCGGCAAAGACUUGUGUGACUGUUUGCAGAGUCUCUGUCCCGGGUGCCACUACCCUUGCCCCAAAUGUGGCUCUGCAAAAUGUGGUAAUGAGUGCAGGAUACACAGGAAAUGGUACUAUGAGAAAGUUGAAGUGGAAGGGACAAAAUUAACCUGGACAAAUGAAUUUGUGAAGAAAAAAUAAUUUAGGCUAUUUACUUCUUCAUGACCUCAAUGCUAGUGUUGGUAGGCAUUCUUGUCACCAUUAAUGCAUGCUAUGGAUGCUACAUGCUGCAUUUAAUUGUGCACAUGAAGUGAUAAAAUGCAUUUUUUAUGUAAGUACAAUUUUUUGUUAUAUCUUAAUAAUUUUGGGUAUCAUUAUACCGUGAAGCCUAUCUCAGACCAUGCCUCAUGCAUAUCUGUAGCUCACUUACAGAUGAACCCUCGUAUGUACAGUAAGGCCCCAAUUUACAGUGAUCUGUAGUUACCAUAUUUGCUUCUGAAUAGUGGGACUAUUCAUGACUAUGGAAAUAUUACUUCAGUGAGCAAGAUUGUAUCAGUGUUCAAUAAGGCUGGUUUAUAAAUGUUUUUUCUAAGCUAGUUUUUUUUUUACCAAAUGCAUUGAUUGUGUGUAUAUACAGUGGACCCCCGCAUAACGAUCACCUCCGAAUGCAACCAAUUAUGUAAGUGUAUUUAUGUAAGUGUGUUUGCACGUGUAUGUUUGGGGGUCUGAAAUGGACUAAUCUACUUCACAAUAUUCCUUAUGGGAACAAAUUCGGUCAGUACUGGCACCUGAACAUACUUCUGGAGUGAAAAAAUAUCGUUAACCGGGGGUCCACUGUACUUAUUUUAUACAUGUGUGGAGAGUUUGUGAGGUUGGUCAAGACCUGUAGAUUAAAAACAGUAUGUUUACUUACCAUACCCC